GCUCAACUAUUCUUUGACUCCUAUCUUCUUAUUUUAGUUUUAGUUUUCGACCUAUAGAGAGAGAGAAGUAAUUCGUAGUGGAGUUAGUUUCCAUAGAGUGGUGAAGCACGCUAUUCUUUUCUCUGUCAUCUAUUUCUUAAUAUUUUUAUCUAAAUAUUUAUUUAUAUAUUCAAUCUCUCUCUCUCCUGCACCCCACCCCACCCACUCCCCUCCUAAAAAUAACUGCCGGGAAAAUGUAAAACCCUCAACUCCCAUUGGUGGAUUCACUCCACCUUCACCUCCUGCAGCUUCAAUCAUCACGCCCACAUUCUUCCUAUUUUUUUUCUCCCCUAUCUCUGCAGCCAAAGAGCUCAUUUUCAUUUCCUCACAACUUCACCAACGCUGAAUUUUUUUUUUCUUUUCCCAAAUUAACUCAGCCCAAACUCAUCUCCAAAAAUGUUUAAUAUUCUGUUUGGAUGGACAAAGGCUUCGAAAUGUAAGAAACUGAUAAAGAGGGUGCAGUGUCGGCUGAAACUGCUCAAGAGCAAGAGGAGUUGCAUUGUGAAGCAGCUGAGAAACGACGUCGCCGAGCUUCUCAAGCACGGCCACGAUCAAGCCGCUUUCGAUAGGGUAGAGCAAGUUGUGAUUGAUGAAAAUAUGGUUCAAGUAUAUGAUCUGCUGUACCAGUUUUGUGAAUUUAUAAUCAUUAAUCUUCCCUACAUUCGCAAGCACAGGGACUGCCCUAAUGACAUCAAUGAAGCAGCAUCAACUUUGAUUUUCUCAUCAGCAAGGUUCGGAGAGCUUCCGGAGCUCCUUUCGCUCCGGAAGCUCUUCGGUGGCCGUUACGGCCAAAAAUUCGUCACAGCCGCCAUCGAACUACUCCCCGGGAACCUCGUCAGCACUCAGAUUAUAGAAAAUCUUGACAUGAAAAGUGUGCCCGAUAAUGUGAAGUACAAAUUCUUGGACGAAAUUUCUCGAAGUUGCAUUGAGGCAGGGCCUUUGUUUCUUGAAUACAAACCGCAUUUGCAAGAAAAUGAGAUGUGUGAUCAAAACGACAUCGUCAGAGGAGAUAGAGAGAGAGACGGCAAGAUCAUGUACGAGGAUUUGUUGAAAAUUAAUGAGGAGAAUAAAUUCUGGAAAAAAUCAUGUUUUGGAUUGAGAAAAGAAGUCGAUUUUGGCAAUCAUGAAAUGGAGACAAGUUCAGAAAAUUCAGCCAAAUUGGGCGAGGAAGUGAUCUAUCUUGAUGAUAUUGAGGAGUUUAUUUCACCGGUGAUCAAGGAUGGGAACCUCCAGGAUCAGAGAUUGUUCGUGUUCAAAUCCUUCGGGGAGAAAACAGAUCGCGACCGCGACAAAACAGAGUCGAGAAAUUCGAGGCGGUCGCAGAGGAAGAGGUCGAGGAGGAGAUCGCUCGUUCGAGGAACCCUAAGUGCGCUUUACAAUGAAUUUGCUGCGUAUUACGGGGAGUCGGAUGGGUCGUCGCCCGAGAUUAGGCGUAAGUCGCAUCAUCUAGUCAGAGACAGGUGCUGGGGGCCGGUCUUAGGUGGGCCCCGUUACUUCUCUGUAGGAGAAGUGAAUGGGGCCAUGGAGGCAGGGGAGUUUUCCUCUGCAGGAAGACUGGCUUUGCCUCCCACUGCCCUGAGGGCUAUCACUAUGCCUUGUGAAAGGCCUAGAGAGAGUGAUACGACGGCGAAUAUUGAUAGAUCGAACUCAUGUCCUUUCAGUCAAUCCCACGACGUCUACUCGCCUUGUCGCCAUAUCCAUCCGAAGCUACCGGACUACGAUGAGCUGGCGGCGAAGUUCAUGGAGCUCAAAAGAGCAAAUCUUGAGAAGAAGUGAAUGAUUAAAAUGAAGUUAGAUUGAUUUUCUGAGCUGUUUUAGAAGUAACUCUUUUUAGUAGGGCAGUUUUGUAUAGUUUAGUUGAUUUAAUUUGAUCAUAGUAUUCUUGGACUAGAAUCUGUAUGAUUAUUCGAUUAGGUUGUGCUUUUUUGUUUACAUUUAGUAGGCAUUGUAUCCUUGCUUCCAACAUUAAUUAGUGAAACUAAACAUGAGAUUGAAUGGCAUGUUUAAGAGUUAAUGACCUAAAAAUUAUGUUUAUUAUUUUAAAUUA